GGAAAUCAGUUAUCAAUCUCGUUUUCGAAAAAGCUCUGAUCAAAAAUGAGUUGUACAGCAGAAGCAAAAUCCACCGGAGGUCGAGGAAAGGCCAAAGGUUUUAAAAAAUCUGUUUCCAGAUCUCAGAAAGCAGGUCUCCAAUUCCCUGUUGGCCGUAUUGCUAGGUAUCUGAAAAAGGGGCGUUAUGCUCAGCGUCUUGGCUCUGGUUCACCUAUCUAUCUCUCUGCAGUUCUAGAAUAUCUUGCUGCCGAGGUGCUAGAGCUUGCUGGGAAUGCUGCUAGAGAUAACAAGAAGAACAGGAUUAUUCCUAGGCAUAUACAACUAGCUGUGAGGAAUGAUGAGGAACUUAGCAAGCUGUUGGGGUCGGUGACCAUUGCUAACGGUGGAGUUCUGCCCAAUAUUCACUCAAAUUUGCUGCCCAAGAAGAACGGCAAGGGGAAAGUAGAUCCUGGAUCUCAAUCUCAAGAGUUCUAAAUUUGAUGCUAAAUUAGUGGUCGAGUAGGAAGUCAGUUUUUUAAUAUGGGUUUUGUGUAUUGGUUGAAUAUGUCCUAUUAAUCAACUCUUUUUGAUAAGGUUUAUGGCCAUAUAUGUGAAUGAGAAGUUCGUUUCUA